AUGCCAAGAUUUAAAGCAACACCUCAACAAUUUCAUUUGAACAGAGAACAAGACGAUUCAAACGAUGAAGAUAACAUUGAUGAUGAUGUUGUCAAUGAUUUAAAAAAUUCCAAUGAUGUUGACAAUCAAAGUAGUCAUAACAAUGACAACAACAACAACAACACUGAUGAUCCGGAUGAGAAUAGUUCACAAGAAAAUAAUAAUAAUAAUAAUAAUGAACUAUUUGAUGAUGAUAACAACACCAAUUCAACUAUUUUAAAAAGAUCAUCAGAUACUACUACUGAUAAUAAUAAUAGUCCAAAAUGUAAACAAAGAAAAACUUGUCAAACUGCUGCAACUGAUACUACUACUACUACUGCUGCUCCAGUCACCAGUGAAUGUAUGAAUAAUUUACAAACAGCUGCGUCGUUUUUUGCACAAGCAGCUGCUGUAGCUACUGUGGCUGCAUUGUCCACUGGACAAUUGAUACCAAUUUUUCCAUCGGAUAAACCACCGAUAGCACCGCUUGGUUUAUCUUUACCAACAACAACAACAACAGUCACUACUACUAAAAUAACAGAAUCAUUAAAUCAGAAUAAAACUGAUUUGCCGUCAUCUACUAUGAGUAAAGAACAAAUUUCUAAUUUAUCUAUGUCUGUUUUAUCUUCAAAUCCUAGUGAAAUUGAUCAUGAUGAAGGUGAUGAAGGCGAUGAUAACGAUGAUGAUGCUGAUGCUGCUGAUGAUGAUGAUGUGGAUGACGAUGAUGAUGCAGAAGAAGAAGACAAUGUUCAUGAUAAAUCUUUUCAACAAUAUAAAUCACGUGAACGUGAAAAACAAUUUAUUAAUUGUCCUGUAUGUUGUAAAACAAUGCGUCGUGGUUCAUUACGUGAACAUAUGGAUCGUCAUGCUAAUAGUGGUAAAUUUAAAUGUACCACAUGUGAUAAAACAUUUAGUCGAGCUAGUGCACGUGAAAAACAUAUACGUACACAUACUGGUGAACGUCCAUAUAAAUGUGAAUUAUGCUCAAAAGCUUAUCGACAAAAAGUACAUUUAAAUGAACAUUUACGUUCACAUACUGGUAUACGACCAUAUUUAUGUAAAUUAUGUGGUUUUUGUUUAGCUUCAAAAUCAUUAUUAAAUCGACAUUUACGUACACAUGGUAUUAAAAAAAUUCUUGAUAAUGAUACAGAUAUUUGGAUGAAAAUUAAUGCACCAAAAGAAGAAGUGUUAAAUAUUGCUGCUGAAGUUGGUCGUGUAUUAGCACAAAGACAAAAUGAAAAUUUAAAUAAUCAUAAUCAUACUACUACUAGCGAUGAUAAUAGUAGUAAUGUGCAAUCAUCUAAAAAUGAACAAACUUUAAAUAAUAAAUCAUUUAAUACUGAUAGUAUUUUACAAUUAACAUCGAAAGGUUCAGUAACAUUGGGUCGUAAAUAUUUAUGUAAUUUAUGUCCAGCUGGUUUUCCAACAGUACAAGCUUUAAGAAGUCAUCGUAUGACUACACAUAAUGUUGUUACACCACAUAAAUGUCCACAAUGUAAUGAAUCAUUUAGUUCAUUGAAAUUAAUGGAAGGACAUUUGAGAAAAUUUCAUCCACAGGUUUGUCCAAUCUGUUCAGAACAAAUGCCUGAACGUCGAAAAUGGAUGGUUGAUGCACAUAUACGUGAAGCACAUCCAGAAGCAGUAGUUGGACAAGUUAGCUCAUCUUCACAAAAUAAAAGCCAUAAAAAGGCGGCUACAUCGAAAGAAAAUGUUAAUAAUAAUGCAACUACUACUACUACUAAUACUACUAAUAUUACUACUGAUACUACUACCACGACUACUACUACUACCGUUGCUUCCACGACUACUACUACUACUGCUACUACUGCUACUACUACUACUCCAACUGCUUCCAUUAAAAGUGCUACUCCAGAAAAGCGUACUAAUAAUUGUAUGUUAUCAGAACUAAGAAAAUGGAAACAUUUUAGACCAGAUAAAGUCGACUCUUCAACUGAUGAUGAUGAUGAUGACGACGAAGAUGAUGAUGAAGAUGAAGAUGAUGAUGAUGAUCAUGAUUUAGACGGUGACGAUGAGGAAGAAGAAGAAGAAGAGGAUGAAGAACGAGAAUCAAAUUUUGAUCGAAAAUCAUUUAAAGAUUCCAAUGAUGACUACCAUAUUGAUUUACCUGAUGAAGAAGAUACCAGUGUUCAUUCUACAAAUCAUGAUCAAUCAGUAAUAAUAGAGGAAAACAGUUUAUUAUUAAAACAAACUAGUGGUGAUCAUCAAAAAAUUGGCUUCAACAUUGAAACGAACUCAAUGAAUCAACUAGAAGUGAAUUGUAGAAAACAGAAUGGUAAAAUGAAUUCGUUGAAAACAUAAUGAUUCAAGUUUUAUAUGUAACUAGUUCGUUGAAAUACAGAAAAUAACACAAUCAACUGUGUUGUAACGUAAAUUUUGUUUUUCAAUUCAAACAACAAUAGAUGAGAGAGACACAGAGAGAGAGAGAGAGAGAAACGGCACGAAGAUUACUUUAUUGUUUAUCUAUUUGAUUUGUGUAAAAAAAGAAAAUAAUAGUUUAUAACUUCAAUUAUCAUUUGUUGCAUCAUUUCAUUUGAUUUCAUUUCUAUUUUUUUCUCAUUUCAUUUUAUCCAGUGAAUAAUGAAUAUUCUAACCCCAUUAUUGGGUUUGCAUUAUUUUCUUGUUGUUGGACAGUUUCGAUUCUUAUAACUCUGAGUGAUGUAUUUAUUGUUUGCAUAAUACUACUACUAUUACUACUAUACACAGUCAUUCUCA